AAUGAAUGUAUAACUCAACUCAGACACAGCUCACCGCUUGUUGAUGAUCAAUACAUUCAUGUGCGUGUGCUGCGGCAGGAAGUGACCGAUACCGCCGGUAUCUGUCUCCUCAGGUGUGUUCAGCUGUGUGGCCGCACCAGGAACACGGAAGCCCCGCACCUGUGAGCUGACGUCACACGCUGAGAGUACCUGCAGCGACACGUCCAGCUGAAGUCAGUUACUGAAACUAGCCUCACGACGCGAGACAAAGGCGCCACGACGACUCUUCGCUAAGGGACGUAUCCACCAUUCGUUUCUCCUUUUUGUGACUUUCAUCGCGAGGAGUAUAGACACAAGGACCAAUAAGCAGAUGGGGACCGCUCGGCUCUUGGCUGCGGGCAUUUUAUUCGUCGCUUUUCAGGCCUCAGCUUUAGAGACCACAGAGGAGCCAAAAUGUGUACCUGGAUUCAAGUCAGAUAUGUUGAUGUUCAGAGUGGCCAGAAAGCACCUGGGGCCAGGCACAAGGCUGGGCAGAGUGGGCUUCACUGACUGCACAAACCUCACAAGAUUCCCUUUCUUCAGUAAUGACAGCCGUUUCAUGGUACAGAUGGAUGGAAUAUUGAUGGUAAGGAGAGAGGUUGUUCUUCAAGGACACCUUGACUUCUCUAUCCAUUUCUGGAACUCGCAUGGUCAAAAAAUGACAGUUCCUGUCAAGGUAGUGCACCACGGUCAUCGCCAUGGGCAUCACCAUAGGCCUCACCAAAGGAAAAACAAUGGGCAACAUCAAGAGGAAAUCCAUGAGCAUCACCAAGGGGAAAUCCAUGGGCAUCACCGAGGGAAAAAGCAUGGGCAACAUCAGAAGGAAACCCAUGGGCAUCACCAACAGAAAACCAAUGGGCAUCACCAACAGAAAAUCCAUGAGUAUCACCAAGGGGAAAUCCAUGGGCAUCACAGAGGGAAAAAGCAUGGGCAACAUCAGGAGGAAACCAAUGGGCAUCACCAACAGAAAACCCAUGGGCAUCACCAACAGAAAACCCAUGGGCAUCACCAACAGAAAACCCAUGAGCAUCCGAAACAGAAAACCCAUGAGCAUCACCAAGGGAAAAACCAUGGGCAUCACAGGCAAAAGGUUGAGCAUCACCCUGGAUACAAUACAGAGAAUGUGACCACCCCAGAUGUGCCUGUUCUGACUUUUCCCAAGUCUGUUGUUGGAUUGAGGAGGAGGAAGAGAGACUGGGUUAUUCCGGACAUCAAUGUUGCUGAAAAUCAUAAAGGACCCUAUCCCCAUAAAGUAUCUCAGAUCCGUUCUAAUGAAGAUAAAGUGAAGACGGUAUAUUACAGCAUCACUGGUCCAGGAGCUGAUGAGGCUCCCCAUGGCCUUUUCACUAUGGACAGGUCCACUGGUAUUUUGUAUGUGACACAGCCUCUGGACAGAGAGAAGGUGGAAAGGUACACGUUUCAAGCACAUGCUGUGGCAGAAGGGUCAGGAAAUGCUGAGGAUCCAAUGGAUAUUAUAGUGAAUGUAAUAGACAUGAAUGACAACAAACCAGUUUUUGCUCAAGAUACAUUCCUUGGACAAGUUCCUGAAGCCUCAGCAAAAGGUUUUGAGGUGAUAACAGUUAUCGCCACAGAUAUUGACGAGCCGGGUAAUGCCAAUUCAGAUGUUCGUUACCGUAUUCUGAGCCAGGAUCCAGAGUUGCCCAGUGCCCAACUGUUUGAGAUCAACCCAGUCAAUGGAGCAAUCAGAGUCAAUGCCGGUGGCCUAGACAGAGAGCAUUACCCAAAGUACACUCUGGUGAUAGAGGCAGCAGACAUGGAGGGAAAUGGGUUGACCACAUCUUCCAAAGUAAUUCUCACUGUAACAGACAGCAACGACAACUCUCCAGCCUUUACGCAGUCAUCUUAUGAGGCAGCAGUACCAGAAAAUAAAGUGGACGCUCUGGUCAUUACAAUGACAGUAACUGACGGUGAUGAGCCACAUUCACCAGCCUGGAAUGCCAAAUUCAAGAUUGUUGAUGGUGAUCCUGGAGGCCUGUUCACAGUCGCAACAGCAAGUAACAAACAGGAAGGGAUCAUUACUACUGCUAAGGGUCUUGACUUUGAAAAGAUCAAACAGCACACUCUGUUGGUUGCAGUGGAGAAUGAAAUUCCAUUUGCCACUCCACUGCCCACUGCCACAGCCACAGUGGUGGUGAACGUGCAGGAUGUCAACGAAGCUCCAGUUUUUGAUCCAGUUGAAAAGCUUGUGUCAAAACGGGAGGACCUUGCUGUUGACAGUGAAGUGGUGCAGUACAUUGCUAAUGACCCCGACACUGCACGCAAACAGAAAGUCAUGUAUAAAAUAAUCAGAGACCCUGCAGGCUGGCUGAACGUUGCCAAGGAGACAGGCCUGAUUAAGGUGAAAAGUGCCAUGGACAGAGAGUCGCACUUUGUCAAGGACAACAAAUACACAGCACUCAUCGGUGCAUACGACAAUGAUGAGGUCCCAGCCACAGGAACUGGUACUCUGAUUAUUAAGCUUGAAGACGUCAAUGACAAUGCACCCGUCAUUGAGGAACGUGCAAUAAGGGUGUGUAAAAAGGAAUCAGCUCCUCAUCUGCUUUCAGUAACAGAUAAAGAUGGCCCAGGCUUUGCUGCUCCAUACAGUGUUGCUUUACAGGGCAUGUCCAGGACCAACUGGACCGCUCGGAUGAAUGAUUCCAAAACAGGCAUCAUCCUUAAUUUAGCCACUGAGCUGGAAAGUGGAAAAUACAUUGUGGUCCUGAGGGUUUCAGACAGACAGGGCAUGGAGCAGGACAACACCGUCCAGGCCGAAGUGUGUGACUGCACGGGCAAAGACGUGUCCUGUAAUGAGCGAAUUGCUGGUGGAACCAGUCUGCCCAUGAUUCUUGGAAUACUGGGAGGUGUCCUGUUGCUGCUCAUGCUGGUGCUGCUACUACUGCUGUUUGCAAGACGGAGAGGAGGAGAAAAGAAGGAGCCUCUACUGCAGGAUGAUGAUAUAAGAGACAACAUCUAUUACUAUGACGAAGAGGGAGGUGGCGAGGACGAUCAGGACUAUGACCUGAGUGUUCUCCACCGUGGUCUGGACAACAAGCCAGAUGUGUUCAGGAACGACGUGAUGCCAAACUUCAUGCCUGCUCCUCAGUACCGGCCUCGCCCUGCCAACCCAGAGGAAAUUGGCAAUUUCAUUGAUGAUAAUUUGAAGGCAGCCGACAAUGACCCCACAGCGCCCCCCUAUGAUUCCCUGCUGGUUUUUGACUAUGAGGGAGGUGGCUCUGAUGCAGGAAGCCUCUCCUCACUGAACUCGUCGAGCAGCGGAGACCAGGACUACAACUGCCUCAGCGAAUGGGGACCCCGUUUUAAGAAGCUGGCAGACAUGUAUGGCGGAGGAGAGGAUGAUAUGCUGUAAAUGUACCAAAGAACAAACAAUAUGUAAAGGUGGAUGCACGUAUGACUGCGUGAAUGUUAGUUUGAUCGAAGCAUGGACUGAUAAAUGAAUGCAUCCCAGGGUUAACUACUCUCAGACAGACAUCAGUAGGAUCACACAUGUUUUUUCUUUAUGUGGAUUGUGGUUUACCUUACAGUGCAGUCCCAUCAGCAGUUAACAGCCACCUAUCAAAGCCAGAGGAUGUUUUUGUUAAUGAGUUCCCCAUUUUGAAUGGUUAAGCUCUGUCUCUCUUUUAGAUCCCUGUUUGACCUCUAGACUAAAGACUAAAACUUUCUAAAUCCCAAUCUUGUUUAUUCUCUGUUCACUAUGUUCCGGAGCCACAUGUUCAGUCUGAAUGUGGAUUCAUGGAUUUAGGUUUAUUAGCCUGCUGUUAUGCUGGGUGACACUGGACACACUCAUGCUUGCAGUUGCACUGGUAACGUGUGUACAUUUUGCAAUUUAUGGUACUUUUUUUUUUUCCUGUGUAGUUUGCACUCCUGCUACAGUUACAUGUCAUUUUUGUGUUUCUGUUCGAAUGAAAUUAUAAAUAAUCAAGGCAAAAUCCAGGUAGCCAGCUAACUAGUCAAUGAGUUACCAAUAAAUACUUUUAAAAAAUGAUUGGUAAGUAUCUGUUCAAUAGACAACUUUAUCACAUUGCAAUGUCAAAAAACUUUUUAUAAUUAACUCAUAUAUAGUUAACCGAAGUACUUUAUUACAAACUGUUGAUUUUGAAUUUUUAUAAAAUGUCUUAACACGAAGA